AUGGUAACGACCCGGCGCAGCGCAGGCUCGUCCAUGGAACCGACCGCCACGGGCUCAACCGCGCGGCAACCGCAGAACUUGUCGCCGCCUCGCAACCCGCCUCUGCUCCCAACGCCGACCGAGCGCCUCCUACUCGCCGUCUUCCCUCUCGUCCUCGUCUUCGGCACUCUAUUCUCUGUCCUGUCUCCCGAAACCCGUUCCGCGCACUACGACCACAUGACGCAGUCGCACUCGCAAGACCCCUCCGCGGCGCCCAGCUACUUUGCCCGCAAGUCCAAUAUCUUCAACGUGGUCUUUGUGAAGCGCGGCUGGGGAUGGACUACAUUCGCAUUCUACUUCUUCCUGUUUACGCACCCUAGUGGUGGUGCCGGCGGUCUGGACAUUACGCCACGACGACUACGGGCGGUGCUGCGUUGGGCGGCUGUCACGGCGUGGUGGUUCCUGGUCACGCAGUGGUGCUUCGGCCCGCCCAUGAUUGACCGCGGCUUCAGGUGGACGGGUGGGAAAUGCGACAUGGCUGAGCGGGAUGUUCUGCAGGGCAGCGCUGAUAUCGGCGAGGCCUUCACCGCCGUGGCAUGCAAGGCAGCCGGCGGGAAGUGGAACGGUGGACAUGACAUCUCGGGACAUGUAUUUCUGCUGGUGCUGGGUACGUGUUUCCUGGCUCAGGAGAUUGGGUGGGCGGUAAGCAGAUGGAGCAGCAGAUUGGCCGAGGAGAGAUGCAUCGUCUUGCCUGAUGGGGCGGUGAAGAGCGCCAAUGUCGAGGCUGAGACGGCCGCCGGGCAAGGAGGAGGAUACGCCCUUGGAAUUGGGACAAGGACGGCUCUUGGAGUGGCGGGCUUGAAUCUGUGGAUGCUGUUGAUGACGGCAAUUUAUUUCCAUACGUGGUUUGAGAAGCUUACCGGACUACUGACGGCUCUUGUCGGAGUGUAUCUGGUAUAUAUUGUUCCUCGGGUCGUACCCGCUGUGAGAGCAGUAAUUGGAUUGCCCGGGGUAUAA